ACAAAAAUAAAUACAUACACUAUAAAUGCGUAUGUAAAUCAGCUAUCUCAUGGUUACUCAGCCAGAUGUUCAGAGAGAGAGAGAGAGAGAGAGGGAGAGAGAGAGAGAGAGAGGGAUGGUAUGUCAUUCAUGCUAGAUGAAUAGGGUGGAUAACAGUCGAGAGACAGCUGCAAAUAGACCACACUGUUAUGAGUGGCUUACAGUGAAGGAAACAUCUGUCAAGAUAUAUUCAUUGUUUUCAGCACAUUCUCCUGGUCCUGCCGCUCCACUGGGGAUUAUAUUUGCCCCAAUCUAUAACUGGAUUAUUAUGAUAUGAGGAUAAUAACUGCAGAUUCUUAUUUACAUCAGAGGACACUUGACAUCAGAGUACAGAGAUGAACAGGAAGUUCUGAUGGCUUCAGUGUGAGCUGAGUAUUGGUGGCUUAGUGCUGGUGGUGUUUCAGAGAUGAGGACUGAAAGCUUGUGGGAAAUUCUUCUCCUGUUACAGCUAUGGAGACAGGUAUCCGCGUUGGAAAUCCCAUCUGAUGUGAGACAGCCUCCAAUGAUAAUUAAGCAGAGCGUCCAAGAUUAUAUAGUGGAGCCAACAGACCCCAUCAUAGUGGAGUGUGAGGCCACUGGAAACCCUCCUCCAGUCUUCAUUUGGACACGCAAUGGAGUUUUCCUGAAUGUUGCCCGUGACCCUCAGGUCACCAUGAAGAGGCGCUCUGGCACACUGGAGAUAUUUUUUUGGGGACGUCCAGAAGAUUAUGAGGGCAUAUACCAGUGUACGGCUACUAACGAGUUCGGUUCAGCUCUGUCCAGUCACAUUCAUUUGCGUGUCUCCAAGGCUCGUACUUGGCUGAAGGAAUAUUUGGAGCCAGUGUCUGUGUUUGUGGGACUUCCACUGGUCCUGCCCUGUAAUCCUCCAGUGGGUCCACCUAAACCUCAGACCUACUGGAUGAACAGCUCUAUGGUACCGAUUCGCCAGGAUCGUCGAGUAUCGAUGGCAGAGAACGGAGAUUUGUACUUCUCCAGCGUCAUAGCUGAUGAUGCGCUGACCAACUACGUAUGCACAGCUCGCUUCCCCAACUCCAACAUCAUCCAGCAGAAACCUCCAUUAAUUCUUCAGGUGCACACAGCCCGUAUGGCAGCUCAGCUUGCUCCCAAGUUUUUGAAGCCCAGAGGAACAGCCAGCUCUCAGAUUGCAAUGCUAGGGGAGGAGCUAAUCUUGGAGUGUUUCGCGUCUGGAGUUCCAGCUCCCACCAUCAAAUGGACUAAAGACUGGGAAAGCUUGUCCAUGGAAGGCAAGAAGCUGGAAAACUUCAAUAAAACUCUAAGUAUUAAGAAAAUCUCAAUGGACGAUGGAGGCGACUACAUCUGCACUGCCACCAACAGGAUGGGCAGAGUGGACCACAUAAUCACAGUGAAAGUUAAAUCAACUCCAUUUUGGGUGGAGAAACCUCAGAGUCUUGUUCUCUCUCGAGAUGACAGUGGGCAAAUCGUCUGUCAGGCUGAUGGUAUUCCCAGACCCCAGAUACGGUGGCUAGUUAAUGGAGAACCUAUUGAGGAUGCUCCGAAGCGUCCUGGCAGACAAGUAUCAGGAGAUACUCUGAUAUUUCGUGCCGUGGUGCCUGAUAGCACAGCUGUGUUCCAGUGUAAUGCCUCCAAUCCAUACGGCUACAUCCUGGCCAAUGCCUUCCUUGCAGUAAUUGAUAUGAAGCCACGAAUGCUGGGCAUUAGAGGUGACUUGGUUAAAGUAGUCGAAGGGACUCGGACACUUCUACACUGCCCAUAUUUUGGAUCGCCAAAACCUGACCUCCGCUGGUCUAAAGGUGGAAUGGGUUUAUUAGAGGGAAGUCGGUAUAGCAUUCUUUCCAAUGGAACGCUGGAAAUAAAGCGUACCAAACUCCAGGACCAGGGGAAAUAUCACUGCAUUGCUAGCAAUGUCAUUGGACGAGAUGAGAUGGAGACAGACCUGGAGGUCAAAGAACCCACUAAAAUCAUCCUUGCCCCAAAUAAUGUUGUUGUGGUGAAAGGAAGCUUAGCACAUUUUGACUGUGAGAUCCAGUCAGACCCAACCUUGGAGGUAAAGGUCACCUGGCUCAAGGAUAACAAAUUUCUGAUCUUUGGAAGAAGAAUGACUAAGGAUGCGGACUCUAUGAGUAUUGCUGGCGUGUAUAGAAGAGAUGAGGGUACAUAUACCUGCAGAGUUAAGACCGAAAUUGAGGAAAUCAGUGCAUCAGCCAAACUCACUGUGAUGGAUCGUCCAGACCCACCUACUGAUUUGGAGGUGUCAGAUCCAUCAGAACGAAGUGUUAGACUCACAUGGAUACCAGGACUGAGCAACCACAGCCCUAUCAAAGAGUAUCUGGUGCAGUACACCGAAGAUCUGCUCGCUGAUUAUUGGCUAGUGGCAAGUGGCUGGAAGAACCUGACCAGUUAUCCUGGUCACCUGAACUCGGUCAUGUUGAAGUUGACACCAUUUGUUGAAUACCAGUUCCGGGUCGUGGCUAUCAAUGCGAUCGGCUCCAGCAAACCCAGCAAACCAUCACCGUAUUAUGAGACUGGAGGAGCUGUACCAGAUGCCAUCCCAAGAAACAUCAAAGGAGUUGGGACUGGAGUGUUCAGAAACAACAUGGAGAUCAGCUGGGAGCCGUUGGAGUAUAGAGAGUGGAACGGGCCCAAGCUUGGCUACAUGGUGUGGUGGAGAAGACGAGAUUCCAGAGAGGAGUGGAAAAAUUACACCACAUACUGGUGGUGCAGUCACAUCAUCUACGAUACGGACACCUUCACGCCUUAUGAGAUUAAACUGCAAGCCGUCAAUUACUUUGGCCUCGGACCAGAAUCUCCUGUGAUCAUUGGUUACUCCGGAGAGGAUCGUCCUACAGCUGCUCCAACUGACCUGCAUGUCUCAGAUGUCGAGAGCACGAAGCUGACAGUCCACUGGGAGCCUGUUCCCCAGGACAGCAUCAUGGGGGAGAUUAAAGAGUACACGGUGUAUUACUGGCGAGAAAGCAGCCGUCUGCCCCAUCAUAGUGUGACCACAAGGAUCAAAUCCAAGAGCUUUAAAGCAAAUGGACCUCGGCUUUCUGGCACCCUCACUGGCCUAAUCCCCUACAGUAACUACAAGAUGUACAUAGCAGUGGCCAAUAACCGCUUUGAGGGUCCACCAAGCAACAGGAUUGAGUUCCAGACCCUUGAGGGAGUACCAUCAAUACCCAGAUCCUUCAGGAUCAUGCACAGGCAUUACGACACCAUCUACCUGGACUGGGAGGAACCCGCAGAACCCAAUGGCAUCCUGACAGGGUACCUCCUCAAAUACCAGACAUUGAACGUGUCAGCAGGAGAGCGGAUGGUGGUGGAGGAAAUCCCUCCCAACACCACCCACUUCUCGCUGCGCCGCUUUGACCGCUACACUCGCUACAAGUUCAGUCUGGCUGCUCAGACAGAGGUGGGAUUGGGAGAGUCAUUCACAGAGGAGUCACCUCAUUUCACAACAGAGGAAUAUACCCGGGAGCAAGUGGACAUAGUAACACAGGGUUGGUUCAUCGGGCUGAUGUGUGCCAUUGCACUCCUGGUUCUCAUCAUGCUCACAGUCUUCUUCAUUAAAAAAACACGUGGAGGGAAAUACCCAGUGAGAGACAAACAGAAUUUUGCACUUGACUCUGUGGAUGAGAAGGAAGAGGGGUCUUUCGAAUACAGGUCUCUCGAAAGGAUCACGCGUGCCCCCACGCUACCCUACUCCAGGCGAGAGGAAGAAAGCCGUCAGGGUCGGAUUCAGAGGGACAUGCAAAGGAUGACAAACAGUGACGACAGCCUGAUGGAAUACACUGAAGGUGACGAGAUCGAGUUCAACGAAGAUGGGUCUUUUAUUGGUGAAUAUACCGGCACUAGUAAGAGAGAAAGAGACUCUUUUGCAUAAAGCAACUCCCAAAGUGUGUAAAUCAUGGUCGCUGAGAAACCCUGAUACACUGCUGACCGUGACCAAAAUGGCCAGAGCUCAUGUGCCACUGGACACAUCAUGCAGCAACUCAGCCUGGAUUACAGUACGGACGUGAGCAGUGGGGUUUUAACAGCGAUGGGUCAACAACGACGUGUGUAUUUAUUGAAGAGAUUUUUCUUUAGAAUUAUAUGGGAAAUUUCUUCAUGUUAUAUGGGAAAAGCUAUAUUGAUCAUUUAAAGACAGCUAAUGCACCAAGUUCAGGUGCUUCUUGAAGGUGUAUAAGGCUCAUUACAGUCAGGCUUUUGUUCGAUGUUAACAAAACUUUCUUGUGUCUAAAUUUGCUAAACUUCUAGAUAUCUGUGACGUUAUACAUCCUUUUUUUUUAAUGUUCUGGUUUUCACCCAAAAAUGUAUUGUUUCUGCAAGUGCAGUUUCAUUUUAUUGUGCCAAUUGAUUUUUUUGUUUUUUGCAAUCGAAAAUUAUUUAUCGAAACAAAUCAUUAAUGUCAGAGACAGCACAAACAACACUUUUAUAGCACACACAUAUCUCUUUUAGGAUCAGUUGCCUUCUUUGUAGAACUGAAUUUUGUAACCCUUAAAUCUUGUUUCCUCUAUUUGGAGCCUUUGAACAGAGUGUUUACUUCCUGUUCCUGUGUCCUGUAUUAAUGGUGUUUCUAUGUAGAACCCAUUUAGGUAGCUAAGGGCACGCAAGUAUCUUUAGGAGUUUUGUCAUUUUGGUAAUUUUCUGUUUUGUUGAUGUAAGUAGAGUGUUUUUGUACAUCAAUCAGGUUUGUGAAUGAAAAGCCAGAAGCCAAUGACAACAUGGCUGCAUACACCAAUCAGGCAUAACAUUAUGACCACCUGCCUAAUAUUGUGUAGUGUUGGUCCCCCUUUUGCUGCCAAAACAGUCCUGACCCAUUGAGGCAUGGACUCCACUAGAUCCCUGAAGGUGUGCUAUGGGAUCUGGCACCAAGAUGUUAGCAGCAGAUCCUUUAAGUCCUGUAAGUUGUGAGGUGGGGUCUCCAUGGAUCAGACUUGUUUGUCCGGAACAUCCCACAGAUGCUGGAUUGGAUUGAGAUCUGGGGAAUUUGGAGGCGGAGUCAACACCUCAGACUGGUUGUUGUGGUCAUCAAACCAUUCCUGAACCAUUUUUGCUUUGUGGCACGGCGCAUUAUCCUGCUGAAAGAGGCCACAGCCAUCAGGGAAUACCGUUUCCAUGAAAGAGUGUAGAUGGUCUGUAACAAUGCUUAGGUAGGUGGUACGUGUCAAAGGAACAUCCACAUUGAUGGCAGGACCCAAGGUUUCCCAGCAGAACAUUGCCCAAAGCAGGACACUGCCUCCGCCGACUCGCCUUCUUCCCAUAGUGCAUCCUGGUGAUCUCCAGGUAAGAGAUGCACACGCACCCAGCCAUCCACGUGAUGUAAAAGUAAACGUGAUUCAUCAGACCAGGCCACCUUCUUCCAUUACUCCAUGGUGAGCAUGGACACCCUGACUGUUUUAUUUUUUCCUGCUUCUAACAUCAACUUUGAGGGCAAAAUGUUGACUUGCUGCCUAAUAUAUCCCACCCACUAACAGGUGCCAUGAUGAGGAGAUCAUCAAUCAUAUUCACGUCACCGGUCACUGCUCAGAAUGUUAUACCUGAUCGGUGUACAUAUGUCUGUUUGUAUUGUUGAUAAAAUAAAAGCAGUGGGACCUCUAGAUCAUGAUCUGAAUAUUGAUAUUAAUAAGAUAGCUGAUCAGAAUAUGACAAUGUUUUUUUUAUUUUUAUGUAUAUUUUAUGUAUAUAUACUUGCCGUCAUGUUAACGUGAGCGACAUCUGCAAAGUCAAGGUACAUGUCUAGAUUGGAAAAGAUAACUGAAGCACUAGUGAUAUUAUUAUUACUAAUCACUGUCUGUAUCUGUAGUACAGAGUAUUUUUCUGUUUUUUUGGACCUAUAAUUUGUUCUGUUCCACCUCUAAUUACUAUAAAUAUUUUCUCAGUGCUCAUAAAAGCCAUUCAAUUACCUUAAAUAAAAGUAAACAAUAUGUGUUUAGUU